ACAGGAAAAAUUGCGCCGAAUCUUUAUUCAAUAGUUUUUGGUAAAAUAUGAACAAUUACGCGCACUCGUGCCUUGCGUCCAAAACUUAGGAUUAAAGGAAAUACGACUUUCCAGCAUCAUGACAAAAGAUGCCACAGAUGCUGCUGGCCUGGGCUAUGCCUACCAUUUGCCGUCGGGUGGUCUGCUACUACGCCUGAAGAAUUCGCUCUCCCAUUUCAGCGAUUUGUUCAGCGAAUUUAACAAAUACAUAGCACCCGCAUAUCAUCACGACCGUUGUGAGCGCUCCGUUCACAUGCGUCUCUAUUCCAUGUCCAAGCGAGAAUUCAUGAUGGUGUUUCUCGGCUUCCUUACCUGCUUCAGCCUAGGCAUCAUUAUUGGACUGACAGGACCGCCGAUCACGAGCACAGCUCAAAUAACGGCCAAGCAAAUUCUAGCCAAUACAACUUUGGCCCAGAGUAAAAAAGUCCUGGCAACAGGUCCAUUUGCCAUGAAAUCCCCACUAAUGACUACCUAUUCUCAACAACUCUGGCUGAUAGCAAAGCUGGUCACAGAAAACAACGAUGAUGAGCGCUACGACAAAAGCUUUCACAUCAGCGUCUCUAUAGAUGGGAUUGAUGAUGAGCACAAGCCACUGAGCGUCCUGGGAGCAGGGAUAGCACAUAAUCGCACUCGACACUUGGUCUGCGUGCGCAACGAUUGUGAAGAGUUUACUGUUAUGCACCUUGGAUUUCUGGACUAUGCCCAUUACAUUAUCACAGUGCGUUUCCUUGGACUGGAGUCUUUCCACCAAAAGUAUAAUAUAAAGGGCAUUACUUUCUAUUUUAAGACAUACAGUCCGGAAUUCACACAAAUCGAGAUAUGGUUUAGAUUCAUUUUUCUGCUCUUCACCUUCAUCGUGAUCUGUUGGUACGCACACUCCUUGAGGAAAUAUCCUAUUUACGAUUGGUCGAUCGAGCAAAAAUGGCUGUCCAUAUUGUUGCCAUUGUUAUUCCUUUAUGAUAAUCCCUUCUUUCCACUGGUUUUUAUGAUGAACAGCUGGUUACCGGGCAUGCUGGAUGGCGUUCUCCAGGCCACAUUCCUAUGCGCCUUGCUCAUGUUCUGGCUGUGCAUCUACCAUGGCCUGCGACAGAACGAACGCCGCUUUGUGCGCUUCUAUUUGAUAAAAGUUAUUGUCAUCCUGCCCAUUUGGCUGUGCGCCAUUGUCCUGGCUACUUGGGAAAAAUGCAACGAACUGAAGGAUCCUACAUAUAGCCAUUUUGUGGAUACCAAAAACUACAAUAGCUUUCAAAUAUUCUUUUACAUUGCGUGCUGCAUGUACGUGCUAUAUCUGGCAUUGUUGGUUCUUCGUGCCUAUACGGAACUGCGAUUCAUGCCUUACUUUGAUAUGCGCCUGAAAUUUUUAACACUGCUUAUGCUUUUUGUAUUGUCCAUAUCCAUAACAGUCACCGUUUGUCGUUUUGGGUUCGGCAUAUUGGAGGACAACUUUGUCGCCUCACUGAAUACCACCUACCAGAGUUCAGCACAGUUUAUGUGCUUUUAUGGUCUGUUGAACUUUUAUCUGUACACAUGUGCUUAUGUGUAUUCUCCGAAUGAACGCUUUGCCCAGGCCGAAUUGGCCGUCACAAAGGAUAAUCCAGCGUUUUCAAUGAUUAACGAUUCCGACGAAGAAGUGGUAUAUGGCUCAGACGAGGAAUCAAGACGUCCCCUAACAUCUGUUGGGGGUGGUAAAAAUGAUUAUGAUAGCGAUUGAGAACAAAUAUCAAAUGUUCCGCUAACAAGUGCUAAAUAAUUGUACAAAAUAAUCAAACAAUAUGCAUGAAUUAUACGAAAUU